CCGACUGGACCGCUGCCUCUCGCUCGGGAAGCACACACCAGCGUAGCCACAUGCGUUUCAGAGUGGACAGUCCGACCGGGGAUGCGAUAUGAAGUCUCAGCAGAAGUGCAUUGUGAUCUUCGCCUUGGUGUGCUGCUUCGCCGUGUUGGUCGCGCUCAUCUUCUCGGCCGUGGACAUCUGGGGAGAAGACGAAGACGGGAUCACGGAGGAGAACUGUGAGAGCAGCUGUCGAGCGGUGUUGGUAGAAAACAUUCCAGAUGACGUCCCGUUUGGAGACAACAGCACGUCCCACCUGCCUCUGUCCCAGGGUCUCUACAGCCUCCUGGACCGGGCUCUGCGAGUGGUGGAAAUCGUCUCACCGCUCUGGCUCCUAAACUCCUCCGAUUAUGAGUCCAGCUUUCAGCCAGCUGCCAGACAGGGACGAGCUCUACUGUCCAGACUUCAGGGCCUCAGAGCCAAAGGAAUCCAUCUGAGGAUUUCCAGCGGGAUGACUGAAUCGAGUGAGCUGAUAUCCCUGGGUACUAAAUAUGCUGAAGUCCACUAUUUGAACAUGACGGCGCUCACCAAGGGGCACCUUCACUCGUCCUUCUGGGUCGUCGACAACAAGCACUUUUACAUUGGCAGCGCGAGCAUGGACUGGAGAUCACUGGCCACGAGAAAGGAGCUGGGUAUUGUGGUGUACAACUGCAGCUGUUUGGCCUUGGAUCUCCACAAAGUGUUCAGCCUCUACUGGGGACUUCAGUACAAAGAUUUCAUCCCCACCUUCUGGUCCAAGCGUCUCUUCGCCCUUUUCAACGGAGACCAACCGCUGGAGCUGACGCUGAACAGCACCAAAGCUCAGGCCUAUGUUUCUGCUUCACCCGACGCGUUCAGCCCCAAAGAUCGAAGCAGCGACUUGGAGGCCAUCAGCAAAGUCAUACAGGACGCACAACGCUUCAUUUACAUCUCCAUCACGGACUAUCUUCCUCUGUUUGGCAUGAACAGCAACAGGUAUUGGUCCCGGAUUGACGGCUUCAUCCGCGAGGCGCUCCUCUUGAGAAAAAUCCGAGUCCGUUUGUUGAUAAGCUGUUGGGAAAAGACUCACCCGCUCACGUUCAACUUCAUCUGGUCUCUGCGGAGUCUGUGCAUGGAGCAAGCAAACUGCUCUCUGGAAGCUAAGUUCUUCAGACCCAGAGUGCUGAGAGAUGGAAACGUUCAAGGCAUAAACCACAACCGAUUUAUGGUGACGGACAGGGCCAUUUAUUUAGGUAAUCUUGACUGGGUCGGUAACGAGUUUUCCCACAACGCCGGAGCUGGUUUAGUCAUCAGCCAGCCGGACGUCGACGAUGACCGCAACUCUACCGUCGUGGACCAGCUCCGGAUGGCCUUCGAGCGGGACUGGUUUUCCGGCCACACCCACUCGCUCCAAGCCAAUAAAAUCCCCAUUUGCAACAAGCAGCGGAUAAACCGUCUGGCCCCGGUUAAAUCAUCACAACACGACGGCAUCAACGACCAGAAACCGGCGCCGAUGAGGAAAAAAACGGAGGGAUUUUUAACGAGACACUUUGAUGAGAGGUUUGACAAGAGCGUUCCCCAAGACGCGACAGGUGGACUGGUUAUCGAGAAUUACCAGGAACGAGGACAAGUCAAAAGCGGUCGCCAUGACAACAAGAAACUACUCAUGAAUGUCAAUGACCAGGACAGCGGAGGAGACGCUGCCAGUCAGACGGCGGAGAGCAGCGGCAGCAGGGAGACGACGUGCGGCCCGCCCCUGUGACCGCGACGUCAGGAAACGCUCGCGCUUCUUCCUUUACACUCGAGUCGAUCUGGACGAGCUCGUUGUAGCAUUUUCUUAUGAAUGUUUUAUAUAUUGGAGAAAAAAAAAACAACCAAAACGCUCCGUCUUCAGAUAUAUUGUGGUGUUAUCGGGGAGAUCUCAGGUAGGAUUACAAUAUCUCCUCUUUUAAUGGACAGUUAUGGACAAAUUUAUGUUUUUUCUUCGACAAAAUCGCUAUGUGUUGUAUGUAAAGUUGUCACACUAAACAGUAGCCGAAUUACAAUGUACUUUAUUACAUUGGGGAUGUCAUAGUGUCCUGCUGUGGUUUACAAUUAAUACAAGGACAUCACAGUUGAAUAAUUACGAUAUUUCUCACUCAUAGACUUGAUUUACGGACAAAAUGGCGGAAUAAAAACCCCAGGAUCAUGUAGAGCGGGUUAAUACGAACAUUUAAAGCCAAAAUGAUGAGUUUGAGAGUAGCAAUUACGCAGAAAAGAGCUUCAGUUUUUCAAUAGAACGUGAACUGGAGCCAGAGUCGAUGGAACAGGAAGUGCGGCCAUGAUCACUUCCUGUUUGGUACAUGUCCGUUUAUAUAAAUAGUCCAUGUUCUCACCAUAAAACACUGAAAUUUGUCUCCAACUCCCAUCAAUCUCUAACACGUCACUGUUCCUCAAGUAUGUGACAUAAACGCCAACAAAAGAAACAACUUUUACCUUUUUAUAAUUAUAUCAUUAUCAAAUAAAUCACAUUUAAAUCUUGACUGAAGACCUUGACAUCCCUAAUGACAAUAACGGCUGUAGAUCUUAUAAACGAAGCAUGUUUGUGUACAUUCUCUAAGGUCUAAAUGAGAUCAGUGGCUUCCAGGUGUUUCCCUCUGUCUCAAAGCCUCUCUGUCAGUUCACUUUAUGUCCUGUGGAUGGCAGUAGAGAGGUGGUUUACAAUCAUUGAUCCAAUAGAUUUGCAUCGGUCUCAGCUCUAACAGUGGAUCUGAGAUGAUGAGUUUAGCUAAAGGUCAAACCUUUUUCUGUACCUUCUAUUUGUACUUGAAUUGAUAAGGGGCUCGUGUAAAUAGAUAUAUCCCAAAACUUUACAUAUUUUACAGCCCGAUGCUUUACUUGAGUCCUUCACACAGCCCUGUUCUUAUGACAGACUGUUGUUGAAGUUUUAUUAUUAUUAUUACAAUUCCAAACAGUUUAACUUCUAUACUGUCUGUGCUACUGUAUUCCAAAGAGGUACAUGUACUGUAUCUGAAACAUGCACACGAUUUACUACUGUAUUUAAUGUUAAUCUGUUUUAUACAGUGUUGAUACAUUUGUUUUAUGUAUAUUUUUACACAAACCGUCAGUAUAGAUGAUCAUCUACAGCUUAUUGCAAAUAUAAAGCUACUUUCAAAACUGAUGGAGAAAUUGACCCUUCAAAUAAAUUAUAAUUAUAAGCUCACUGUUAUUGACCUAUUGAACAAAUGAGGCCCAAAGGCCUGAGGUCUGCGAGAGCCAAAUCAAUACAAUGAAUCUUUGACAGGGUGACAGCAACUGAAACUCAACCUCGAGGACGAGGUUGUACUGCGUUUAACUGUUAAAACAAUGUCAAAAAUAAAGCUUAGAUUAUAUUGUCUUUUAUGUCUAGACACAAAAUGUGAAGAGAGAAAAAAACAUCGGGGAGAAAAAAAAACUCCCCAAUGAAUAAGAAAAGCUCCAGUUCAGUUCUUAAAAUACAACACAAAAAAGUGAGAUCGAUGUCAUAAAUACAGAUGUUUAAGGUUGAAAAUGUGAUCUGUUUUGUGUGUUUCUUUUAAACUCCUCACUGAGGCAGAACACUGCCACCUGGAGGAGUUUAUAAAAGUCACAUUUCUGCAGGUGCCCAAACACUGCAGCAGACCGGCCUGUUCUAGUGUUUAUUCUGUGUGUUCAGGUCAAGAUCGUCUGUGUCAUUUUACUCUAAAUGUUUUUGUGUGUGUUCAGGAACUGUAUGUCGUAUGUGCUGCUGCAAAGAUGUAAAAUGAUUUUAUGUAGGGUUUAGUUUUUGACAAUCAGGGCGUUUACGACAGUGGCCCCUGUGCCAUGUCCUGAGAUGAAUAUUGAGACAGAGCUGCUAAUGUAAACUAUAAACUAUGUUCCUGACUGUUGCACUAAAUGUAUCUGCUUUUACAUGUCGCUGACCUUUUAUGGCAUGACAGCUGUUUGCAUGCCCCGCCUAAACACUGCACAGUUUGCGCCUUUUUAGAGAUUACAACAAUAUAUACCUUUAUGAACUCAAAGGGAAUGUAUCUUACUUAAUACAUUGAUAAUGCACACAUUUGAAAUAUAUUACAUUUUUACUAUUAAUAAAAAUAUGUAUCCUGU